AUGUCGUCUUUGUGGAAUGAGUCUUUCUCGGCCUACAAGAAUGGUCCAGUGGAGUGUUCUCCCCAAGCGAGAGACGAUAUGGCUUCGAUUGAACUUGACUGGAGUGGGUCGGGCCUGCCUUGCUCCAGAGAGUUUCUCUUGGCAGGACGAGGGAACGAGGUGUCGUCCGCGGGGGUUGCCGGGUUCAUCGGCCACAGCGACCUCAACUCUCACAUCUUGGACUCGGUGCUCCCCAACAUGUCCAAUGCUGAAGUCAUCCAGGCGAAUGGCGCCUCAUCUCACGACGACAAUCUCCCCGCACCUUCGCCGUCCCAUGCAAUAGUUGGACGGCUGUAUGGUAGACCUGCCCCCUACAUGCCCGCCGGUGACACGUCACGGCGUGGAUGUCCACCUGCCACUUUCUCGCGUAUCCCUGCGACCGAGCGUAGCCAUUUUCCUAUGGCAAAACCCCCGCCGUCGGACCACUCACCCUUCUCUUCGAACAUGCGUAACACUUGGAAUCCUCAAACUCGCAGCAUGUGCGUGGCUCCCGACCCCGCCGCCGAACCAGCUCCACCGCAUGCGACGGUAAUCCAAGCUCAAGCUAACUACGGUCUCUCGCCUGCUGCCUUCACGCUCGGCUUUUGGUCCACAACUUCCUCGCCAUGUCCUUGA